AUGGCCCCCAGCACCGCCGACCUCGCCAUCCAGGGCGCCUGUGACGGCAACCUCUGCCUCCUCAAGCAAAUCUCGAAAGAGUUGGAAUUGCGGGGAGUGGAGGGCUUCAAGGGGCGGAGCUUUCUCCACUUCGCGGCGGGCGGCGGGCACGUCGAGGCCUGCAAGUUCCUGGUGGAGGAUUCGGGGUUCCAUGUCAACUCCACCUCUGCGGAAGGCGAGACGCCAAUCCUCGUCGCCGCCGAGGCCGAGGGGGACGGGAACCUCCCAGUUCUGAGGUACCUCCUGGAUCGCGGCGGUGACCCGGCCAUGCCCGAUGCCAGGGGAUUCACGCCGCUGCACAAUGCGGCUGAGAAUGGGCACUACGAGGCUGUGAGGCUGCUGCUGUCCAAGGGCAUUCCUGUUGAUCCUCUCAACCAUCGUGGUACUCCGUGGAUUGUUGCUGCAGCAAUGGGCCAGGACCAGGUUGUGAAGAUCCUCCUGGAUCAUGGCGCUGAUCCCAACAAAGUUGUCCAUUAUGACCAUUCACCACUCACGAUGGCAUGCUGUGCGCGUUCCUUGAAAUGUGUGAAGCUACUGACUCAGGCUGGUGCUGAUGUGAACUCCAAAAGUCCGCAUGAGCUACCUGUUUUAAUGAUAGCAGUUAAUAAGGGCUUAACUGAUACUGUCAAGUUCUUACUGGAGGUUGGAGCUGACCCUAACAUUCCUGAUAUGUAUAAUGAAACCAAGGUCUCAGAGGAUCUGAAGCUAGUUCAGUCCCCUAUUGGCUAUUGA